AUAGACCUUUCCAAAAUGAUUUCCUCAAGUGAAUAUGGAUCUCAUUCCUGGGAGCUCUUGGUAAUAGUUGAUCAUCAGCAUGAAGAGAUAAAAAAGGAAUUUUUACUACAGGUCACAGGGGACCUUCAUAUUGGAGGAGUGAUGCUGAAAUUAGCAGAACAAAUCAAAAUACCACAAGAUUGGUCAGACUAUGCUUUUUGGUGGGAGCAAAAAAAAUGUUGGCUUCUGAAAACCCACUGGACACUCGAUAAAUGUGGGGUGCAGGCAGAUGCUAAGCUGAUCUUUACUACUCAACACAAAAUGCUGCGGCUUCGCUUGCCAAACAUGAAGACUGUGAGACUGAAAGUCAGCUUCUCUUCUGUGGUAUUCAGAGCUGUCAGUGACAUCUGCAAAAUUCUCAAUAUUAGACGGUCGGAAGAACUUUCUUUAUUGAAGCAGUCAGAAGAUGUCCUCAAAAAGAAAAAGAAAAAAGACAAGAACAGCAAAGAACCAGUUACAGAAGAUAUUUUAAACCUGUGCAACUCUCCAGUGAGUUCUGGGGGUGGACUACCUACCCCAGGUUUAUCUAGUAAAGUCGUUACACCCCUUUAUGAUCCCAGCAGUGGGACACCAGCUUCUUCUACAAUUACUUGGUCCAGCGACAGUCCCUUGACUGAGCAGAACUGCAGCAUCCUCACCUUCAGUCAUCCCAGCUACUCUCCAGAAACACUAGCAGAGAUGUACCAGCCUCGGACUUUAGCUGACAAAGCCAAACUCAAUGCGGGCUGGCUAGAUUCAUCUCGAUCACUUAUGGAACAAGGCAUUCUGGAGGAUGAUCAACUUCUUUUACGCUUUAAAUAUUACACUUUCUUUGAUUUGAAUCCAAAAUAUGAUGCCGUGCGAAUAAACCAAAUAUACGAACAAGCCCGUUGGGCCAUCCUGUUAGAAGAAAUUGACUGCACAGAGGAAGAAAUGCUGAUCUUCGCUGCACUACAGUAUCAUAUAAGCAAGUUAUCAUUAUCAUCAGAGACACAAGAUUUCACCUGUGAAUCAGAAGUAGAUGAAGUAGAAGCUGCACUUUCUAAUCUGGAAGUGACAUUGGAAGGCGGAAACACAAGUAACAUUUUGGAGGACAUCACAGACAUCCCGAAACUUGCUGAUAAUCUCAGGCUAGUUAGGCCCAGGAAGCUGUCACUCAAAGCUAUCAAGCCAUAUUGGUUUGUCUUUAAAGACACUUCAGUAUCUUAUUUUAAAAACAAGGAAUCUGCACAGGGAGAACCUAUUGAGAAAAUAAACCUAAAAGGAUGUGAAGUUGUACCAGAUGUAAAUGUUGCAGCAAAGAAGUUUGGAAUCAAGUUACUAAUUCCUGUUGCUGAUGGCAUGAAUGAAGUGUAUUUAAGAUGCGAAAAUGAGACUCAAUAUGCUCAGUGGAUGGCUGCUUGUGUUUUAGCCUCAAAAGGCAAAACGAUGGCUGAUAGCUCUUAUCAUCCCGAGGUCCACAAGAUCCUUUCAUUUCUAAAGAUGAAGAACUGGACCAUGUCUGCCCAGGCUGUCUCUGAUCCAGAAAACAUAGAUAUGAAACCAGAAUGCUUCGUCUCGCCACGUUAUAUCAAAAAAUACAAGUCCAAGCAGUUGGCUGGUCGUAUUUUGGAAGCCCACCAGAACGUGUCCCAGAUGACCUUAGUGGAGGCCAAGCUGCGUUUUAUUCAAGCAUGGCAGUCCCUCCCCGAGUUUGGCUUAUCCUACUACAUUGUAAGGUUUAAAGGAAGCAAGAAGGAUGAUGUGCUUGGGGUGUCCUAUAACAGGCUGAUACGAAUAGAUAUAGCCACAGGAGAUCCUAUCACAACAUGGAGGUUCUCCAACAUGAAGCAGUGGAAUGUGAACUGGGAAAUACGCCAGGUUGCAAUCGAGUUUGAUCAGAACGUGUCUAUCGCUUUCACGUGUCGCAGCGCGGACUGCAAAAUCAUCCACGAGUACAUCGGGGGCUACAUCUUCCUGUCGACCCGUUCCAAAGAUCAGAACGAAACGCUGGAUGAAGAUCUGUUCCAUAAACUAACUGGAGGUCAGGAAUGA